CCUGCAUUUGUAACUUCCUCCUUUCCUGUCCACUCCCUGCAGGCGCGGGUUAUGUAUGAUUUUGCUGCUGAACCUGGAAACAAUGAGCUGACAGUUAAUGAAGGGGAAAUCAUCACCAUUACAAACCCGAAUGUUGGUGGUGGAUGGCUGGAAGGACGAAACAACAAAGGAGAACAAGGGCUUGUUCCCACAGACUAUGUGGAGAUUUUGCCCAGUGAUGGAAAAGAUCAGUUUUCUUGUGGAAAUUCCGUGGCGGACCAAGCCUUCCUCGACUCCCUCUCAGCAAGCACUGCUCAAGCCAACUCCUCUUCCGCCAACAGCAACAACCAGGUUGGUGGUGGCAAUGACCCUUGGUCAGCCUGGAAUGCCCCCAAAUCUGGGAACUGGGACGGCUCAGAUGCCUGGGGCAGCAGGACGGACGGACCUGGCGCUCAGAGACACAGCACUAACAACUGGGACACUGCCUUCGGCCACCCACAGGCCUACCAAGGACCAGCAACUGGUGAUGAUGAUGAAUGGGAUGAAGAGUGGGAUGACCCCAAGUCCUCAUCUUCUUACUUUAAGGACUCGGAAUCAGCUGAAGCAGGGGGUAUCCAGCGAGGAAACAGCCGUCCAGGUGCCUCGUCCAUGAAGCUGCCCCUUAACAAGUUUCCUGGAUUUGCAAAGCCUGGCAUGGAACAGUACUUGUUGGCCAAGCAGCUAGCAAAGCCCAAAGAGAAAAUCCCCAUCAUUGUUGGAGAUUACGGCCCAAUGUGGGUUUAUCCUACCUCUACUUUUGACUGCGUGGUAGCAGAUCCCCGGAAAGGUUCCAAAAUGUACGGUCUGAAGAGCUACAUUGAGUACCAGCUAACUCCCACCAACACUAAUCGAUCUGUAAACCACAGAUAUAAGCACUUUGACUGGCUGUAUGAGCGUCUCCUAGUCAAGUUUGGGUCUGCCAUUCCGAUCCCUUCUCUUCCAGACAAGCAGGUGACAGGUCGCUUUGAGGAGGAAUUUAUCAAGAUGCGCAUGGAGCGGCUCCAGGCCUGGAUGACGAGGAUGUGCCGGCACCCGGUGGUGUCGGAGAGUGAAGUUUUCCAACAGUUCCUGAACUUCCGGGAUGAGAAGGAAUGGAAAACUGGAAAGAGGAAGGCUGAGAAAGACGAGCUGGUGGGAGUCAUGAUAUUCUCCACAAUGGAACCGGAGGCUCCUGACUUGGACUUGACGGAAAUAGAACAGAAGUGUGAUGCUGUGGGCAAGUUCACCAAGGCCAUGGAUGACGGCGUGAAGGAGCUGCUCACGGUGGGCCAGGAGCACUGGAAACGCUGCACGGGCCCCUUACCCAAGGAGUAUCAGAAGAUCGGGAAGGCUUUGCAGAGUCUAGCAACAGUGUUUAGCUCCAGCGGUUACCAAGGUGAGACAGAUCUGAACGAUGCGAUAACAGAAGCCGGGAAGACGUACGAGGAGAUCGCCAGCCUGGUGGCCGAGCAGCCAAAGAAGGACCUCCACUUCCUGAUGGAGUGCAACCACGAAUACAAAGGCUUUCUUGGCUGCUUCCCGGACAUCAUUGGUGCUCACAAGGGAGCAAUAGAGAAAGUGAAAGAAAGUGAUAAGCUGGUUGCAACCAGUAAAAUCACCCCCCAAGACAAGCAGACGAUGGUGAAGCGAGUCGGCACCAUGUCUUAUGCUUUACAAGCUGAGAUGAACCACUUCCACAGUAACCGGAUCUACGAUUACAACAGCGUCAUCCGUCUCUACCUGGAGCAGCAAGUGCAAUUCUAUGAGACAAUCGCAGAAAAGCUGAGGCAGGCCCUCGGCCGCUUCCCGGUUAUGUAGACCAGGACCGAACACAGCCGAACUCCGAAGUGCUUCUUUCUGACCUGGGGCAAUGCAAUUCAAUUUAUUUCCCUAUUAUAAGAGACAGAGAAAAAGAAAGGAAGAAAACCAAAAAGAAAUAAGUUGACAAAAACCUGUUUCUGUCAUUAGCCAGCCCAAGUGAAUAGUUACUUAGGGAUGGCCUUCUUUGGUUCAUUUUGACACGUUAGUUACCCAGUGGGAAAUGUCUAUUUUUGGAAAAUACUUAAAUUUAUCAAGAUUUUGAAUGGAGAAAUAGGGGUUCCUCCUCCUGGUAUUUUACAUAGAAUCGUAAUUUAUACAUUACCCAUGAUCUUCCAGUUCUUACCCAAUGUCAAAUAAUUAAUACUAAUUGCUUUCUUAAAAAUAUAAGAUAUGCCAGAAUAAAAAUAUAUCUUUGUAUAUUUUUAUAACUCUUUCAGUCCUUUGGGGUCCCUUGUCUGUGUAGGGAAGUGCACCCCCCCCCCACUGGCAUAGCUACAGUUCAGGUGCUCACAGUGGGGGGCAGUAGAGAGGCCCCCAGAUUGCCUAAACCCUCACGGUGGUGGUGGGUAGAGCAGGUGAGGAGAGCCGCCUCCUCCUGCUGCCCACCGGGUCACUCUUCCUGGGCUGGGCUCAUGUGAAGUCCAGCACUGUGUGUGCUCCUUCCCAGUUCAGGGUCAGGCAUGCUUUAUGCCAACAGAGGAAGUGAGAAAAGGUGAGGGCUUUUUCCCGCUGCCCCAGGUGGGUAGCCACACUGCCUCCUAUGCCCAGGAGCUCCUUGGGGAGGGAGCAGUCAGCCUCCUCCAGAGUGCCCACCGCUCCGCUCGCUAUCCGCUCUCCGUCCCUCAGCUGUCCACCAGAGAGAGGUGCUGCUGUGCUGCUGCGGGUGGCCUCCUGGUUAGGAGCAGCAGGCUGGUCAGGAUUCUCUGAAAAGAUGAGCCUGGAGUUCAGCACCUCUUCCCAUCCUGGAGAACGGGAAAGUUAACUGAAGUGGGCGGCAGCUUGAAGGCUGUGCGGUAGAGCGGAUGGGGAGCGCAGCCUGACGGGCUGGGCUGUGUCCCACUUCAGAGGCUCCUGGUCCUGGCUGACAGCACAGAGCACACACUGUCGCCUCCUGCAGACGCGUCCCCUUCCACAGUUGCCUUACGACUUGAUCCACUGCUCUCACUUUUCUGAUCUGAUGAUUCUGUUAUAGAGAAUGGGAAGUCUGGGCCAGAGUCAAUGAAUGAAACCAAAAAUAAGUAGCUGAGAAAAUCCAAUGAACACGAAUAUGAGAACUUCUUGUUCCUUGAUAUCACGGGUUUUUGUUAAUGUUUUAUAAGUAAUUUUCCCCUACUUGAUUUUUCUUUUAUAAAAUUCCAUAGAACAGUGUUUAUGAUACAACCAUUUAAUAUAUGUACAAAUUGUAAAGAAUAUGUAUAAAUAUUUUACAUAAAUGUAAGAGCAUGUAGAAGCCAAUAUAUAAAUAAAUUGUUUAAAAAACUGUA